AUGACCACCCCAACAAUCCUUCUCUUAGGAACAUGCGACACCAAGCUCCCCGAACUCCUCUACGCAAAAUCCCGCCUCUCCCCAAAAACCAACGUCCUAAUAAUGGACAUAGGCCGCAACCCAGCAACCGACCCCUCAAUUGACGUUCCCCAUGCCAUCAUCCUCUCCUCCACCUCGGACAAAGACAGAAUCCCAACGCUCGACCGCUCAGCCUACAUAGAAGCCCUCAUACCCUACGCUACGGAAACCGUCCAGGCUCUCUACCGUGAAAAUCGUAUCCACGCCGUUCUCGGUAUAGGAGGAUCCUGCGGCACUGCACUAGCCACAACGCUCAUGCGGGACGCGCUACCGGUUGGGUUUCCCAAGUUGAUGGUUUCAACUAUGGCGUCUGGGGAUGUGGGGCCAUAUAUUGGGGAAACGGACAUAUGCAUGAUGUAUAGUGUUGUUGAUAUUGCGGGGAGAAAUCGGGUACUUGAGACUGUUUUGGAGAAUGCAGCUGCGGCGGUGGCGGGAAUGGCGGAUGUUCAUCAGCGAAGGGUUUCUGAGAAGAAGGAGGAAGGGGACGAGAAGGUGGAAGGGGUGAGGAUUGGGAUUUCUAUGUUUGGGGUUACGACGCCUGCUGUUACGAGGGCGAGGGAGUAUCUUGAGGAGGUAGUGGAGGGGUGUGAGGUUUAUGUGUUUCAUGCUACGGGGUCUGGCGGGCGGGCUUUGGAGAGGUUAGUGAGUGAGGGUGUUUUGGACGCUGUGCUUGAUUUGACGACGACGGAGAUCUGUGAUGAAGUUGUUGGUGGGGUUCUAAGUGCUGGAGGGGAAAGGUUGUGUGCUGCGAGUAAGAGAGAUGUGCCGAGGGUUGUAAGUGUGGGUGCUUGUGAUAUGGUUAAUUUUGGGACACCAGAGAGUGUUCCUGGGGAAUUUUUGAAGGGGAACGAGAGGCUGUUCCAUCACCAUAAUCCUACUGUGACGUUGAUGAGGACUACUGGCGAGGAGUGUGCGGAAAUUGGGAAGGUUAUUGCGAGGAAUGUUCGGGGUGAUGGGGUGAAAUGGACAAAGGUGAUUCUCCCAACGGGUGGAGUAAGUAUGAUCGAUGUCCCUGGUCAGGCAUUUUGGGAUCCUGAAGUGGAUGAGGUACUUUUCUCCACCCUGGAAGAGGAGCUACGUGAUAGUGGCAUUCCAAUCGUCCGAGAUGACCGACAGAUCAACGAUCCCGGGUUUGCUGUUGCUGCAGCGGAAAUGCUGCGUCAUUUAAUCGAAGAAAGUCGGGCUGCUUAA